GGGUCGGCGUCUGGCUUCGCCACUCGAGUCCUCAUCAGCCCCUUGGAUGUCAUCAAGAUCCGCUUUCAGCUUCAGAUCGAGCGGCUCUCCUCCAGACACCCAGGGGCUAAGUACCACAGCAUCCUACAAGCUGUACGGUGCAUCUUCCAGGAGGAGGGGUUGGUAGCCUUCUGGAAGGGCCACGUUCCUGCUCAGUUCCUUUCGGUGGGCUACGGAGCUGUUCAGUUCAUGGCGUUUGAAAGCUUGACAAAACUGGUGCACAACGUCACCUCGUACAGUGCCCGCGAUUCCUUUGUGCACUUCGUCUGCGGAGGACUGGCCGCUUGCACGGCCACCGCUGCCGUUCAGCCUGUGGACACGCUGCGCACUCGCUUUGCUGCUCAGGGUGAGCCUAAGAUCUAUCGCAACCUUCGCCAUGCAGUGGUGACCAUGUACCAGACAGAAGGGCCUCGGACUUUCUAUAGAGGUCUGACCCCCACAAUCAUUGCUAUCUUUCCAUAUGCUGGUCUCCAGUUCUCCUUCUACAACAUCCUGCAACAGUUUUCUGAAUGGGUGGUUCCAGCUGAAGGAAAGAAAGGAGGCAAUGUUAAAAACCUUGUUUGUGGCAGCUGUGCCGGAAUCAUCAGCAAAACCCUUACUUACCCUUUUGACGUAUUCAAAAAGCGACUGCAAGUGGGUGGCUUUGAGCAAGCCCGCGCAGCUUUUGGGCAGGUACGGACGUAUAGGGGCCUCUUGGACUGCAUAAGGCAGAUCAUGCGAGAGGAGGGCCCGAGUGGAUUCUUUAAGGGCCUUUCGCCCAGCUUGCUGAAGGCUGCGGUCUCUACUGGCCUUGUCUUCUUCUGGUAUGAGCUGUUCUGCAGCCUGCUGUGUGCCCUGAAGAGCACCGAGAGCACUGCGAGGAAGGAAGGCUGA